AUGGACAUCUAUGAGGCUAUCUCUUCUCUCUAUAAGACAUCUAUGAAGCCAUCUCUUCUCUCUAUAAAGAACAUCUAUGAAACAUCUAUGAAGCCAUCUCUUCUCUCUAUAAAAGACAUCUAUGAACCAUCUCUUCUCUCUAUAAAGACAAAGACAACUGUGAAGCCUAUCUCUUCUCUUCUCUAUAAGACAACUAUGAAGCCAUCUCUUCUCUCUAUAAGGAACAGCUAUGAAGCCAUCUCUUCUCUCUAUAAAGACAUCUAUGAAGCCAUCUCUUCUCUCUAUAAGAACAACUAUGGAAAGCCAUCUCUUCUCUCUAUAAAGACAUCCAUGAAGCCAUCUCUUCUCUCUAUAAAGGGCAACUAUGAAGCCAUCUCUGCCUCUAUAAAGACAACCAUGAAGCCAUCUCUUCUCUCUAUAAAGACAACUAUGAAACCAUCUCUUCUCUCUAUAAAAGACAACCAACAAAACCAUCUCUUCUCUCUAUAA